AUGCUCUCCAGAUUAGCUCUCCGUAAUACUCAACUGCUACCUGCAGCUUUAUCACAGCAUGUUGCGCAAAGUUCAUCGACAGCAGUGACUGAGUUCAGUCGUCCGAAACGUUUGAUCGAUCCAUCUCCAGUGAGACAUGGAUUUAUACCUGAGGAAUGGUUCCAAGCUUUCUAUUCAAAAACUGGUGCAUCAGGACCAUAUGUAUUUGCUAUAAGUGUGGGUACUUAUUUAGCUUCCAAAGAACUUUAUGUCAUGGAACAUGAAUUUUACAAUGGACUCUCUAUGCUAAUAUUGUGUGUAACAGCUAUAAAGAUGUUUGGUCCAAAAGUAGCUCAAUUCUUGGACAAAGAAGUAGAUAAAUACAGUGAUUCUCUCGAAGAGUCUAGAAACAGUGAAAUAGCUGAGCACGAAAAUCUAAUCGCUCAUGAGAAAAAGGAACAAUGGCGCAUAGAGGGACAGAAAAUGAUAAUGGAUAUUAAGAAAGAGAAUAUUAAGAUGCAACUGGAAGCAACUUACAGGGAACGCAUAAUGCAAGUCUAUCAAGAGGUAAAAAAACGUCUUGAUUAUCAAGUGCAAAUACAAAAUCUGGAACGCCAAAUCGCGCAAAAACAUAUGGUUCAAUGGAUCGUAAAUGGAGUAUUGAAAGCUAUUACUCCUGACCAAGAAAAGGCAACUCUUCAGCAAUGCAUCAAGGAUCUGGAAGCCCUUGCUACGAAAGCAUAAAGUGUCACAAUGUUAAAUUAUAGAUGAAGUAGAACUAUGAUGGCACGACGAAAGAGAAACAAGUCUAUUUCGUCAAAUGGUCAAGUAGCUUCCACUUUAUGUGAAAGCAAACUAUCUUUAUUAAGUCUCUAAAAUUGUUGAAAAAUAAUUUAAUAAAUGCCAUAUUACAACAC